UAGAAAGUUGAUGUGGUGGUUUCAGGUUUGAGAUGGCAUCAAGUAAAAGCCGUGAAAUUGAAAGAGCAAUAAAUUUGAUACACGAGCAAAAUCAAGCUCGAGCUAAGAUUUUUGACAAGUUACAAGAAAGAAAGGCGGACAGAGACAAAUUAGCUGAAAGAAUAAGAAGUCUACUACCCUUCGCAUAUUCAUACGAGUCGAGAAGAAGGAGAUUUGAAUAUACAGAACAAACUUUCUUGGAUUUCUAUAGUACAAUUGAAGUAAAACCAAAUGAACCUCCAUCCAUUAAGACUUUGUAUUGCAAGACAAGACAUGGGAGUAAUUGUUUAGCUAAUGAGAAGAAGAUUUUUCGAGAUAUAACAACAACAUUAAAGACAAGAAAAGAAAUUGGAAGUUCUAAAUUGGUUAACAAUAAGGUUCUCAACAAUCAAACACAUUUUAUGAGAAUGACGUCCAAUGCCAAUGUAGAGAGGCUUAAACAAAAAAUACAAGUUAUUACAAAUGACAUUAGAUCUAUCGAGAACCAUUUAGAUAGAAUAAAUAAAAAUAAAGUAAAGAUUUAUGCACAAAUUCUUAAACACCAUAAAGCAAAUAUUUUAGGAUGAAAUAAUUACGUGAAAGUAUAUAUUGAAGUA